GCCGCACUACCGAGCGAGAGAGCGAAAGAAAAGUUGCGAAAGGAGAAAGAAGGAAGACGGAAGCGGCGGCUGCUUUUAAAUCAUCACUUUGUAUAUUGGUUUUUGGUGCGAGUUUACGCGGCGAGGACCGACGCUCGUGUGUGUGUUCUCUUUAUGACGGGGAGCAGCCGCGGCCCCGGCCCCGACCAAAUGGUGCUGUCAUCGAAAACCAAACAAAUAAAGCAGAAGAGCAGGACGCAUGCGUUGCUCCCUUAGGUCGAGGAUCGAGCCGCCAGCACUCAUUCUCAUCCGAUUCCAGUCGGCCACGGACCAAAUCUCGGCCGAUCGUCGGCGCCCAUGACCUCAGGUGCCCUCGCAGCGGUCGUGACCGCGGCCCGCCUAGACCGCCUGCUCGACCGCCGGCCGCCCACCUGACGCUCCUGCCCAGAUCUACAAGUGGCAGAGAUGAGCAGUGCCUUCUUCCACACCUGCUAAUUGCCAAUCACUGCUCACGUGUGCCACCUUCGGAGGGAUGUGAUCCCAAACAAGAGUCGAGCAUGAGCACCUGAUUCGCCCGCCGACUCAACGCGAGUCUCCGCUGCGUCGAAGAAAAGUUCCCGAGCAGCAGCGGCAGAAGCGGCUGGCCGACAGGAAAUGAGCAUACCGCCGCGACACUCGACUGGAUCGAAUGGCGCCGCGACAACUACCUUGACUGCCUCCACCGCCCCCGCGACAGCCGCCCCCGAGCCGACCGGCACCAGUGCGGACGACGGUCUGCAGGAGACGUCGACCCUGAGCGAGCGCGAGCUGUACAAGAUCGAGUUCUUCAAGACGUACGAUGUGAUGACCGGCGUGCGGAUCGCGGCCACGCUCGGCGGCUUCUUCAGCCUCAUGAUCUUCCUCGUCAUCUACAAGAGCAAGUGCAGCCGCGGCGCCAAGUCGGUCGCCUCUGACGUCGCCAUCGAGCUCGACGCCGUCUCCGAACUGCCCUACGACACCCACGGCCCCACCUUCUGCUCGCCUCGCAUCUCCUUGGGCAACAUGAGCGCACCAGCAGCCUCAUUACGCACGAGAUACUCAAACAGUAGCUACGUGAACAUGCUCAAUUACGAGCCGAAAAGUCUGCCGGGGUCGGUGAUGGGCUGGCCGAGCCGCGGCAGCCACCAGUGGAGCGAGCCGCCCUUUCGGCAAAGAGCCUCCCUGGACACGACGGCCUGCUCGACCAGCAGGAACUCGAGUUUCCUCACAGUGCCAGGGGUGCGCCUCAGCUCGACAGGGUCCUCGUCGGACAGCUCGUACUACCUCGAGCACCGCAGCCUCAUGGAGCUUGGGCUUCCACCGCCCAUGGUUUUUGCACCAAACGUCAGGGUCAAGGGUCGCGUGGAUGGCGUUGGGGUUGAGUCGGGUCGUGCUGCUGACCAGUCGGCGCGAAACUGCGCCAUCAACAUCAACGUGAUUCAGCCGACGCCGGACAUUUCGCCGUGCAACAGCGAGAAGCAGCUGAACUACCGUCAGCGGCGGGCCAUGAUGUUGGCGGCGCCGCUGGCGUCGUGCGGCAGCGCCACCCUGGGCACGUUCGACGAGCAGGCGGACGCUCGUUCCAUCGGCUCCGACUCGGUGUUCUACAACGACGAGUACUGGCUGGGCAGCGACGCCGACGACGCCACCCUGUGCGAUGACAGCUCGUGCUCCUCGGACGGGUGCUCCGAGUGCUCGUCGACGAGCGGCGCCACCGGCGGCACCGCGAGUCGCGACCAGGACGUGAGUGUUGUGCCCGACAACAGUUCCAGUUCGCAUUCCCAGCGGACGCCGUCGCCGCCGUCGAGCAGCAAACAGGGUCCAAACGUCGUCGUCGUCCUUUCGCCGCCGCAAAACGGCCAAGAAUUGAGCUCAUGUAGUAAUAAGAUGACCGCCAACGCGCUCGACCAACUAGCUAGCAAGGUCGACGGAAACAAUGAGCUGAUCACCGAGACCGUUUUCUGAAAACUGCUCGUUCCUUUUUGUGUAUUAUAAUCUUGAUCUCUCCUGACUUGAUAUCAUUCUAUGGUCGUGCAAUUUCGUCAGGCUUCGCCUCUGUAAAAGAACCAAAAACUGAAAAGCUCAUAUCGAGGGAACCACUUCAUUUUUUAAUUAAUUAAUCAAGCUAAAAUUUUAGUGAUUUUCAUGUUUUAAAUUUAGAAUAUUUAUUUGAUCAAAAUUAAGAAAUGUCAAUUUUGAAAAAAUUUUAAAAAUUUUAAAGGAUAAAAGAAUUUUUUACUUCGUUAGGCAACCUGGCAGACAUGGCCGUCAAGCAGGUUGCAUUUUCUUCAAAUUGGGAUGGUUUUCCUAUCUGGAACUAAUUUUUCUUUUUAAAUUUUAACAUCAAAUCCAUUUCAAUAUGAAAAAGCAAAGAUUUUACUAAUCAAAUAAUAUGAAAAAUGUUGUACCUCCUAAAACUUGGUAGCUUCUGAUUUCCGAAGCACCGCAUUUAUAAAAACAAAAACACGAUUUUCUAGAUAACCAUUGUUGUAAUUGAUCUUUAAAAUAAACCAAACGUACAAUCAAAAUAAUUCCAUAUAUCUUUAGUUGCUUUAAAGAUUUUUGCCAAUUUAGUUUUUAUUAUUAAUUUUUUGCAGCUUUUUAUUAAAAGUGGUUUCCUCUUUCUUGGAGACUUUGUCUUCUUCUUAAGUAAAUUGUGUGUCUCAACGUGUAGCAACCACGCCGCUCCAAAAAAUUGUGAGAAUCUCAAAUCGUGUUAACUAUAUUGUGUACUAUUUAAAAAUGAAUGUACCGGGUAUAAAAAUUGUCGAUGUUGUGUAUAGACUUUUUGAUAUAUCACAUUAAAAAAAGAGUCAGGAACAGAAAGAAAAUUCUAUAUAUCAGCAGUCAAUUAGAUCAACUUGUUGUACAAUUGAAACUUGGGUCCUGCUCGUAGAGAGAUGAAAAAUGAGGCAGUUAUUUUUUAAACAUGCGACGCCCUAUCGAAGGAAAGAACUUUUGUCAUAUAGGAUACCUGAUAUACUUGUGCUGGAAUUUUUCAAAAAAAUCUCAUUAUCUCAACACUUUCCUUACAAAAAGCGAGAAAUUUGUUAAAAAUGCGAUAAUAAACUUUGCACCAGAAUUGUUAAAGUUAAAAACUACUUCUUCCUCUAAACUGUAAGCGUAGUUUGCACUUGUACGCCAGUGCAAAAAGUUUUUGAAGUCCCUUUCACUGCUCAGGUGUUUCUCUCCGGUGCAUAUAUUGACAAAAUGCAAAACACGUUCGCGCGUUUCAAUUCCGAUUGUGCGCGAUGAAUUCGCAAAAUGUACUCAAUGUUUUAGGGUGAGCGGAUCAAUUUUGUCUAUAUAUACUUGUAAAAAACUGGUACGCAGACUUGUUUGCGUUGACAAUUCACGGUAAAAAUGACUUUACCAUUCUUGAAAAAAACCACACCCCGACACAGGCACACUUAAGGAGAGUUUGUGUGAAAACAACGACGAAAAGCUAAAAAAUCGAGAUAAUAAAAAAAAUCAAAGUUGUUUGAACAAAACGAUGCAGACGUUGGAAGAUGCACUUAAAAGUAUCACACUCGUAGAGUUUGCAUGACAUAUAUUUUUUCUUUGUCGUCGUCCAGCAGAGAGAAUUAUGUAUAAAAAAAAAACAGCGCAGUUGAUUGUUUGAGGUGCUCUUAAGAUUCUAACAAAUGUUGUUGAAAAUUAUUUUGUAAAUGGUACAUAUUGAGCUUUUUCAGAUUUGGGAUGUAUCGAAAAAAAAUAUCAUAGUGUAGUGUGAGACUUGGCAAAAAAGUCUCCUUUAUCAUUGUUAGUUUUGAUAAAAACGCGCGACGGAGCUCCUGCAAUCCGCUGAAUUGCAGCAAAACAACAGAAAUAUACAAUUCCAUUUUUAAUCUUUGACCAUUAAAACAAUCAGCACCAACUUGUGAGGAAAGUUGUCUAAAUGGCUUUAAUUAAAAAAAAGUGGCAUUGAAAUAAAUUGCAGCAGCUCUGAUGAGAAUUAUUCCCUGCAGUUCUGUUGCAGGGAUUGAAAAUGGUUAAAAAUUGGUAUAUCAAUGUAAAAGUAUAAUGGUGAUAUAAAAAAAUAUUAAAAUAAAAAUCGAAAUGUUUAGA